AUGGGCAGUCCGAAUGCACGUCCUGCUGAUGAGGCUCCUGCGAGCAUAUGUCCCUUCGCUGUCUGGUCCUCACAUGUCCCUCAGGUCUUCAUGGUCCAAGCCCAGUCUGAAGCAGCCAGCGUGAGGAUCAUCCUACCCCUUCCACGCGAUAUUCCUGUCCUUGCCCAAGUGGAAAUACAUCUUGUGACAGCUCGCACCGUGGAAGCUGGCUGUUGGAUGGUCCCUCAGAUUGCUAACCACCUUCCUGCUGUCAUUCCUCGUGGUUUGACUGCACACAUUCUGUACGAUGACCCCGCUGUCCACGAGGACUUCGGUUUGGGUCACCCACCGAAUGGUCUCCCUGACAUUGGAACCUUGCACCUUUGGGUUGAGACAUUGCGCAAUGCGGCCCGCGAACUGUAUGAUGUCAUGCGCAGGAUCACCGGUAGAUGCGAGUUGGCGGAUGGUACUUUGAGGCAGUUGCAGAUCGUAGUUAAGGAGUUAGAAAUAGCAUUCAGGCUUGUAGUGUUCCCUCCUCCGAUAACCAGCUUCCAAUUGCUGUCGGACUAG